AAGUCUCAGCCGUUUUAUUUCCACACGACACCUCCAUAUAAAUAUGACAGCUUGGGUCGUGGCAAUCGUUUCUUGGUAGACCAUCUCAAUUGGAUUCCGGAUUAUUGCUUUCAUGGAUUCAUUCCCCUUUUCUUUUCUUCUUUUCUCUCUAUCUCUAUGUUAGCUUCGCCUUUCUUACACUUUUAUACAUAAACCCACCUUUUCCCCCUUAUCUUCCUCACCAGAUCACUACCGGAACUGAAAAAGUAGGAGGUAGAAUAAGUUCUUGAUUUUCCGGCGAUGGAAGGAUCGGGAAGAGCCGCCGCCGAGAAGAGGAAGCACAGCCGGCAAAGCCAGCAGGAGAAGCCGUACAGAGGGAUCCGCAUGAGGAAGUGGGGGAAGUGGGUCGCCGAGAUUCGCGAGCCGAACAAGCGGUCCAGGAUUUGGCUGGGCUCCUACUCCUCCCCCGUCGCCGCCGCCCGCGCCUACGACACCGCUGUCUUCCAUUUGCGCGGCCCCUCCGCCCGCCUCAACUUCCCGGAGUGCAUCGCCCCCCACGACGACCAGCUCCGCGACCUCUCCGCCGCUGACAUCCGAAAGAAAGCUACCGAGGUCGGAGCCCGCGUCGACGCCCUCCAGGCAGCUCUCCAUGCAUCCUCCGCCGAGCCCACCUCCCCGUCUCUCAACCAGAACCGGGUCGUUCUGUUCAAACCCGACUUGAAUGAGUACCCGACCCCCGACAGCUCCGAGGAAGACAUCUAAAUCUCAAAAAAGGGUUACCUUAUUUCUAUGGUUGUGUAUGGUUAGGUUUUGGUUUCACAAUAUUUUAUGGUAACCCUUAGCUCCAUGAUUGAUGCCGAUGUUCUUCAAUAUAAUCCAAAGGGAUUAUAUGUUAAUAUUUACUUUCAGGUUUUUUAUCCAGUAGCUAUUUUCUUCAACUUUAUAAUCAAGAAAUAUAGAAUAUUAACAAC